AUGAACUCCUACUUCGACAUACUACGGGCAGGCACCGUCCUUGGUAAGAACAAUAGGCCAGGUCGUCGGGACAAUAGUAGAGGUCUCAAAGGAGCUAAUCCUGGUACUGUGCAGAAGCUACCACACCAGCGUCAUCAUCAUCGUGGUAAGAAGAAGGGUAAGGGUAAUGAGGCUGGCGAGGGAGAGGAGGUGGAGCAGCAGCUGCAUGAGGAUAAGGCAGCUGAUAUAGAACUCUUCAAUAAUGAUGGAAACGACGAGAAGGAAGAGGAUGAGGAAGAGAGAGAUGAUACUAAUGAGGAGGAUGGUGUAGAGGAUGAUGCUGUUGAUGAGGCACAGAGGAGUAGGAAGAAAACUGUUACUCCAGCACGACGAUUGGAGAUGGCAAACCAUUUCCGUAAAGAGAACCGUGUUGGAGUAAGCGGUACCUCCAACCCUCCCGACCCUAUAUUAACCUUUGACACCGAUAGUGAUGAUGAUAGAGUAUCCAAGUGGUUAAAGGAAGCCAUGACUAAGAGCGGAUUCCCCAAGCCUACCCCUAUCCAAUCACAGGCUAUCCCUCUAAUGUUAACUGGUGACCAUCUAUUAGCACAGGCCCCUACUGGUAGUGGUAAAACCCUAGCCUUCAUUGUGCCACUACUACAACGCUUAGCUAGACCUGAGAAAAAGUUCUGUAGAGGUAUUAUAGUAGAUCCCACUCGGGAACUGGCUGUCCAAACAGUGAGGGAGGCUGACAGAUUGAUACAAGCAUGCACCAAGAAGUUCAGGAUCAAGCUACUCGAUAAGAAUACUAAUGUACUACUAUCCAGCGUCCUUGUAAGGCUUGAUAUCGGGGUACAGACACCUUUAGGCCUGGUACAGGCUCUGAGGGAGGGUAAAGUGGAUUUGAAUAAUACUCAAGUCAUUGUCUUCGAUGAAGGCGAUAAGUUGCUAGAUCUGGGUUUCCAGGACCAAAUUGACGAGAUUAUCAAGUAUGCUAAUGAGGAGGAUGAACGUCGUAGGACUGCUGGUAGUGCCCUUGGUACUAUCCAACUAUCACUAUUCUCUGCUACUAUGCCUGACAAUGUAGUGCAUCUUAUGAUGAGUGUUAUGGAUCCACCACCGAAUAGGGUAUGGGUUGGCCAACAAGGUUCGGCUGCUAAGGAUGUACAACAACGCCUCCUGUUCUGUGGUAAUGAGGAGGGUAAGCUAGUGGCCCUGCGUAGAAUGAUAGCCAACGGUGAAGUAAAACCACCAUGUCUAGCGUUCGUACAGAGCAAGGCUAGAGCACAGGAGCUCACUAAGGAAUUGAUGUUUGAUGGUGUAUUCGUUGCUUGUAUUCACUCUGAUAUGAGUCGUAAACAGAGGGAUACGUGUAUAGAGAACUUCCGCUUGGGGAAGAUAUGGAUACUUAUAUGUACUGAUGUUAUGGCCCGAGGUGUUGAUUUUAAAGGGGUUGCUCAAGUUAUUAACAUCGAUAUACCACGGGCCUCGGCNNNNAUCAAAAUGCGCCAGGGUCUCACGUAUAAUGCGCGCGCCAGGCUAAUCGAUAUGGAUAUGGAUACUGUCUGA